CAUAACCUAUUAAAUAUUGACUGUCUUAGUUUUAGAGAAGAUAAACUAAUUCAGUGGGUUUUAAAAAGUAGGGAAGCUCUUCUCAAGUUUAGCUUUUCCAAACAACAAAUUGAGUGUUACAACUUUCACCUCCCACAGACCCAACAUUCACUUCCAUUGGUCAAGGGCAAAUACCACUGGCUCUGUAUCCUCAGUCGCUUCAUGCCAUUUCAGAGAGACAGAGCCAAAGAUUAAACAAUGAAAAUUUUAGCAAGAAUUUUCCUGGGACUUUUUGUCUUUGAUGUUGCUUUGGCUGCACCUACCCUUGGAUCUAUUAAUUAUGACUCUGAAAGCUACGACAUGACACUGGAAGACCUAGAUAAUUUCUACAACUAUGAAAAUCUACGUAUUGAUCAAUCGGAGAUUGAAAUUGUGACUGUGAUGCCUUCUGGAAAUAGAGAGCUUCCUAGCCCACCACCACUGUCCCUGGAGCCAGAGGAAGAAGAAUCCACUGCAAAAUUGAUUGAUGGCUCCUCUCCAAAUGGGCAAGAAUUCAUCGGUGUCCUCGGUCCUCAAACCAAUGAAGACUUUCCCACCUGCCUCCUAUGCACUUGUAUGAGCACCACUGUCUACUGUGAUGACCAUGAACUUGAUGCUGUCCCUCCUCUGCCCAAGAACACAGCGUAUUUCUAUUCCCGAUUUAAUAGAAUAAAAAAGAUCAACAAAAAUGACUUUGCACAUCUAAGUGAUUUAAAAAGGAUUGAUUUGACAUCAAAUUUAAUAUCUGAGAUUGAUGAAGAUGCUUUCAGAGAACUUCCCCAGCUUCGGGAACUUGUCCUUCGUGACAACAGAAUCAGACAGCUCCCAGAGUUACCAGCUACACUGACCUUCAUUGAUAUCAGCAAUAAUAGGCUGGGCAGAAAAGGAAUAAAACAAGAAGCAUUUAAAGAUAUGUAUGAUCUUCAUCAUCUUUACAUUACGGAUAAUAACUUGGACCACAUUCCACUCCCACUGCCUGCAAACCUCCGAGCUCUCCAUCUCCAGAAUAACAACAUUCUGGAGAUGCACGAAGAUACUUUCUGCAAUGUUAAAAAUCUGACCUAUGUACGCAAGGCUCUGGAGGACAUUCGGCUGGAUGGGAACCCCAUCAAUUUGAGUAAAACUCCUCAGGCAUACAUGUGUCUACCUCGCCUGCCAAUUGGAAGCCUGGUCUAAGCCAAAUUCGGGGUUUGGGCAAUGCCUUGUGCUAACAGCAAAAGAAUCGUGAUGAAUGUGCUAGCACAGAAAAAAACCAUGCAUUAUUUACAGAUUUGCAUUUGGAAAUUUGUUAUACGUUAAAAUAAACCACAAACAGAUGAAGGGAAAAAAUUAAAUAUAGGAUAUCACCAUAGAAAUACAUAAUGCAAUACCAAACUUCCAAAUUGAGCAAAUUUAAAUAGAAAAUAUAUAACAUUUUUAUAUGUAAGAAGUACCCACAUUUAAUUUACAAUAGGUAUGAUUUAAAGCUAAUUAUUCCACAAAUUAAGAUUUAUUAUAAAUAAGUCAGCCACAUAUACUUUCAGUAUUUAUCCAAGGUUUGAUACUAUAAUCAGAUUUUUUAAUGAAAUUAUUAUGAUGUCUUCCCUAAAUCAUUAGAUUUUGGAUUAUUGUGAAGAAAUAAAAUUAUUAGAAAAU